AUGGUUCGCAUCGCAGGCGCAUCUCUUGUAUCGUUGACGUUGGCAGCAGCAACCGUGGCAGUCACUGGUGCUUCUGCCAAGACGAGCCUGUAUCUAUCUCCUGCACACAACCUCGCCGCCGCACCUAUCGGCAUUAACGCGGAAGAAGCGAAUCGCAUCCUAUCUCACCACAUCAGCAUCGGCGAUGCUUUGGGCGAGGACAACUCGGACAUGUGGGCGCACGUGCUGCACAGCAACAAGGCGGGCGACGUACAGGUCGAUCAAAAAGGCAUGGUCGAGCGCCUCUUUGACGGUCAUCGGGACGAGCAGAACCGCUUGCUGGUGUUGAUGCAUGGAUCUGCACACGAUGAUGUGGUUCCCAACGGUGUUCACGCCACGCACAGUAUCGAGGCCGCACCCAGCUCCUACUCUUUCGAUGCUCUGUUUGACAGCUACAUGACCAGCGCAUCGCAAGCACUCAAGGCAUCCGAUUCGACGCUCUCGCACCUCACCGGGAGCUUCCUGGACGGCUUUGGCGCCAGCAUCGAGUGGCUCACUACCAAGACGAACGACGUUGCAGCAACGUGGUCUCAACAGGCAGCUUCGUUCAAGUCGUCGGCGUUUAACAAGCUCGAGCAGGAGCUGCAGUCGGCCGAAGCAUUGUUGGCCAAGCUGAAGGGGACCUCGUCCGGGGCGGCGGCACAGGACCUUUCACUGCAGCCUCUGCGUUUCUCUGGUCUGCAACAGGUGGAAAGCACUUACGGCGCGGACAGUACCGAGUACGUCAAGGCCAAGGAGAUGGUGCGUGCUGCGGUCGAGCAAGUCACUUCGUUCUUCCAGAGUCGAUCCCAAAAGCAGGGUCGUGCUGCCUCGAUCGCCUUCGUCGUCACGGACAACGUCGAAUUCGACGCAUCGCACCUCUCGAAACGAUCAUCUGAUCUCCUGCGCCCCUUCCAGCGCGCAUCCGCUGCUGCCGUCCGUCCAGACAUGCUGAAGAGCAAACCAUCAUCCAAACCCUCGGCACUCCCCAAGAACCUAGCUGGCACCUGCUUCACCUCGCAGUCAUCGCUCGAGAAGGCCACCAACAAUUGCUCCGGUCACGGCAAAGCCGUCAAGACCAGCAAAGGCGGCAAGCCGUGCUACCGUUGCCAGUGCAAGGCUACCGAGGAGCGCCGAGGAAAGAAGACCUACUGGGCGGGUGCAGCGUGCGAGAAGAAGGACGUCAGCACCGAGUUUGUGCUGCUCGGAUCGAGCGUGCUGUUGCUCGUGCUGAUCACGGUGGGAAGCGUGUACUUUUUGGUUGCCCAGGGAUCGGAGGACCUGCCCGCCAACAGCGCUCUGUACGCUGAGGUGCUGCAGUGCUGGCCAUGUGAGCUCGUCUCGUGUGCCAUCUGGCAGAACAGUACGGCAUUGCAAGUACGAAUUCACAAAGUUUCAAGGUCAGCGGAAAGCGAAAAGCCACCCUUGACGAGCGAUCGAGCACAUCCCUUGCGAGGCGUGGAGUCAAGCUCUGGAAUCGUCACGAUGGCACAUGCACAUCGGCCGUCACCAUUACGGUUAUCAGACACGGCGUGGGCGACCAACGUCAUCCUCGAUCAGCCGCACUCGGCAGACGCCAGAACUGGCGGAUCCUCCUCCUCGUCGAGUCUCGAUCUUGUGCCCGCACCUCGUGCUAGCGAUCUCCAAAUCGUACUCCGAACACGAGAUCAUGCGGCCUACUACGAUGCAGUCUCGAACGAGCUGUCACUUCAAAAGCAUCCUAUGCGAUCACGGUCACCAGACGAAAGCCGUGCUUCUUCCCACGACGACGCGCCACUCGUGCCGCAUCGUGGGUCUCGAAAUGUCCUGCAGCAGUUCCACCGAGCAGAGCCGCUGCGUAAUUCUACAGGCGAAUCAAUCUGUCCUACAUGCGCUCGGCCGUGGCCGAUCCACGAGGAGAAUCUCGAUGCGCACUUUGACACCGACUACCCUUCGACUCAAGCAGAUCACGAAUCGCCCGCCUUCAUCGCUCCGAACUACUUUCGACUCCUAGCGCAGGCUUCCACCAACACGACCAACACCAGCACCACUGCAUUACCCGACUCUUCCUUCUCCCCCGCCUCUCGUCCGCCUACCCCUCGCAACCGCUUCUCCUCCGUAUCCGGUACCUCGACCCCUCAACCCCCCUCCUCCGGAACCUCCAGCCCCCCACCGGAGCCUCUCUCGCAAACCUCCUCCGCCCAAGGCUACUACUCGCGCUUCUUCAUCGAACUCCACCAACUCGGUCGCGGUGCCCGCGGAACGGUCUACCUCUGCCAACACGUUCUAAACGGCAACAAGCUUGGCAAGUACGCCGUGAAAAAAAUCCCCGUGGGCGACCACGCACAGAGCCUGCUGCAGAGCUUGAACGAGGUGCAUCUCAUGGAAAGUCUGCACCAUGAGAAUCUGGUGGGAUAUCAGCAUGCGUGGAUCGAGAACUGGAAGGAGCCGCGGAGGUGGGGGCCGGAGGUGCCGACGUUGUUCGUGUUGAUGAUGGCGGCGAAUGGAGGGAGUUUGGCUGAUUGGAUCAGCCGGAGGGCGGGGGAGGGGGGAGAUGGGGGAGGAGGGAAGAUGGGAGAAGGAGAGGACGGGGAGGACGAGGGGAAGGGGGUGAAGAGUAGCGCGGGUGGUGGCUCGGAAAGGAAGAAGAUCGAGACGUUGAAAGCGGCACUUCGACAACGCAGAGCCGCUCGAUCUGCCUCCACCACUUCUCCCAAUCCAUCUCCUGCUCCUCCCACCACCACUACCCCCUUAACCAACGGUGCGGCAAUCCACCUCCUCCGAACAGAAGAGAUCUACUCUCUCCUGCACGACAUCGUCUCCGGUCUCUCCUUCCUCCACUCCCGCGGCAUUCUCCACCUCGACAUCAAACCGGGCAACAUCCUCUUGCAUUGGGACGAGGACUCGCUCAUCCCUCGAGCGCUGCUUUCGGAUUUCGGAUCCUCCCUCUUUCUACACGACAACUGGACGCGUGUGCGAUCGGGUCACACGGGUACGAUGGAGUACAUAUCCCCCGAGGCGGUGCUGGUCAACCCGUUGACGGGCAAGUUGGACGAACUGAGCAGCAAGAGCGACGUGUGGAGUGUAGGGAUGAUUCUGCAUCUGCUGGUGUUUUUCCGCUUGCCGUGGGAGGGAGAUCUGGAUGACUUAGGUAGGUUGAGGGGGGAGAUUGGAAGGUCGAUCCGUCGCGAGGCAGGUCGCACAACGUUUACCGCGCGAAUCGCUCGCCGUGACGUUCGCCCUCUUGAAAAUCCUCUCCCCUCACCUGCUGGCGUACGCAUUGCCAACAACCUCAUCGACACAAGCUACGCUCCUGCAAACGGACACGAUCAACCUUCUAAUUCUGGUGCUGGCAUUGGUGGAUCUAGCAACGGCGAGCGCGAGGGAUGA